AUGGCGGAGCUGCGGCCUAGCCUGCCCCCCGGCCCCGCCGCGCCCCCGGCCCCCGGCCCUGCGCCCGCCCCGCCGCCCCUCGCCGCGCUCUUCCCCCCGGGGCUGCACGCCAUCUACGGCGAGUGCCGCCGCCUCUACCCCGACCAGCCCAACCCGCUCCAGGUGACCGCGAUCGUCAAGUACUGGUUGGGUGGCCCAGACCCCUUGGACUAUGUUAGCAUGUACAGGAACAUGGGGAGUCCAUCUGCCAACAUCCCUGAGCACUGGCACUACAUCAGCUUCGGCCUGAGCGACCUCUAUGGUGACAGCAGAGUCCACGAAUUUACAGGAACAGAUGGACCUAGUGGUUUUGGCUUUGAGUUGACAUUUCGUCUGAAGAGAGAAACAGGGGAGUCUGCCCCACCAACCUGGCCUGCAGAGCUUAUGCAAGGCUUGGCCAGAUAUGUGUUCCAGUCAGAAAAUACCUUCUGCAGUGGGGACCACGUGUCCUGGCACAGCCCCCUGGACAGCAGUGAGUCGAGGAUCCAGCACAUGCUGCUGACUGAGGACCCGCAGAUGCAGCCAGUGCACACACCCUUCGGGGUCGUCACCUUUCUUCAGAUCGUCGGGGUGUGUACUGAGGAGCUACAUGCAGCCCAGCAGUGGAACGGACAGGGCAUCCUGGAGCUGCUUCGGACAGUGCCUGUAGCUGGUGGCCCCUGGCUGAUAACCGACAUGCGGCGGGGAGAGACCAUAUUUGAGAUCGACCCACACCUGCAAGAGAGAGUUGACAAAGGCAUAGAGACUGACGGCUCCAACCUGAGUGGAGUCAGCGCCAAGUGUGCCUGGGAUGACCUGAGCCGGCCUCCCGAAGACGAGGACGACAGCAGGAGCAUCUGUCUCAACUCUCAGCCCCGGCGACUCUCAGGCAAAGACACAGAGCAGAUCCGGGAAACCCUGAGAAGAGGACUUGAAAUCAACAGCAAACCCGUCCUUCCGCCUAUCAACACUCAGCGACAGAAUGGCCUCUCUCUGGACCGGGCCCCGAGCCGCAAAGACAGUUUGGAGAGUGAUAGCUCCACGGCCAUUGUCCCCCACGAGCUGAUCCGCACGCGGCAAUUAGAAAGUGUGCAUCUGAAGUUCAACCAGGAGUCAGGUGCUCUCAUCCCCCUCUGCCUGAGGGGCAGGCUCCUGCAUGGACGGCACUUUACCUAUAAAAGCAUCACGGGCGACAUGGCCAUCACAUUCGUCUCCACAGGAGUGGAAGGCGCCUUUGCCACUGAGGAGCACCCGUAUGCAGCUCACGGACCCUGGUUACAAAUUCUGUUGACAGAAGAGUUUGUAGAGAAAAUGUUGGAGGACUUGGAAGAUCUGACUUCUCCAGAAGAAUUCAAACUGCCUAAAGAAUACAGCUGGCCUGAAAAGAAGCUGAAAGUCUCCAUCCUUCCCGAUGUGGUGUUCGACAGUCCACUGCAUUAACCUGGGCUGGGCCCCAUCGGGGCCACGAGAGGAGAGCACCCAUCUGCUCCCAGUGACUUCCAGGGUAACCUGCGCCAGGGAGGUCCUGCAGGCAACAGGACACGUGAGGAUGAGCAGCCACUGGUGCCACCCACAGUGAGUGGGCUGCCCUGCC